AUGAAACACUACAGAGCUGUACCUGGCGCUCUGAGGGCGUCGCUGGCCAGAUCCGCCGCGCCCAGAUCGACCUCCACCCGGUUUCUGUCGACUUCCGUGCUCAGAAUGGCCGAGCACAAGAACGAGUCCAAGGGCAAACCUCUAUCGUACCCCCCUCCGCCUCCCACAGUUCAGAUUCCGCGGUUUGACGGAACGCCCAAUUACAAUCCCUCCGAGGAGGAGAAGCAGCAAGCCAAGCACGAGAAGGCCGUUUCCUGGGCCAUCAUUUCUGUGGCCUCGGUAGUUGGCGUCUACUUCGGCUACAAGUGGUAUGGGCCGUACUCUGAGUCCGACGAGGAACUCCAUCGACAGGUGGCGGAGCGACAGCAGAAGAAGAAGGCUGUUGCCAGUGCCGCUGUUCGACAGGAAGACGCCGACGCCGUUGCUGCUGCUGCGGCGGCGGCUGACAAGUCCUCAAAGAAGGGCAAGGCUUCGGUUGCUGGAGUCUCCUUUGCUGAAAUGACUCCCGGACUCUUUGCCUGGGGAGAUAACGAUGGACACGCAAUCAAGGACACGUACAACGCCGAAUCCGAGACCCCCAAGCUGGUGCGAUCUCCCGUUCGACUGCGAUACUUUGAAGGAAAGUUGCUGCGAGACGUGACUCUGGGCGAUGGCUCUGGAGCUGCCAUUCUGGACAACGGAGACGUGGUCCAGUGGGGUGACCGGUUUGCCCCACACUCCGUCAAGAAUCCCGAGGUCACUCUGCAAGGAAAGGACGCCGUCAGAAUCGUCCAGUCUCGAAACAUGCUCUAUGCUCUGUCCAAGGAUGGAACCGUGUACUCGUUCCCUGUUAGCAAGGAGCUGCAGGUGGCUGGACCCAAGGAAAGAGAAACCCGAACGCGUCUGAUCCCCGGAUGGAAGCGAGAAGCCAAGAUCACCUACCGUCAGCUGGACUUUGAUACCACUCUGGGCAUCACCGAGAAGCUCAGUGACAUUUCUGCUGGACAAGACCAUCUUCUGGCUCUGUCCAACAAGGGCCGAGUGUUUGUUUCAUCUACCGGAGGAGCCAUUGAGGAGGUUGAGACCGAUCCUAACCCCGUGACUGGCGAGUUUUCAGAGACUCUGGUUGGUACCGAGGCUCCCCUUCCCUCCGCUGGCCAGUUUGGAAUUGCAAAGUUCUCUCACUUCAACACCGCUCCCCGACCCGGAACUCUGUACGAGAUUCGAUCUUUCCGAAAUGCUGUUGUCACUAACAUUGCUGCUGGUGCCUUCCAUUCGCUUGUGCGAGACCAGAACGGUAACAUGUGGGUGUUUGGCUCCAACAAGUGCGGCCAGCUUGGUCUGGACUACGCCUAUGAGUCGCAGAACGUUGCUCUGCCUCGUCAGCUGACCCUGGGCCGAAUUUGCAAGAAGGACCAGGCUGCUAUUGUUACCCGAGUCUUUGCUGGAGGAGAUACCUCGUUUGCCGGCAUCAAGGUGGUGCAGUCUGAUGAUUACAACUCCGCCUCCAACUCGGAGCGAAAGAAGCUGUUGCAGGACACCGCCGAGGUGAUUUACUCGUUCGGUGACGGUCUCAAGGGCCAGCUUGGAAACGCCACGUUCAAGCAUGUGCAGGCUGAGAUGACGCCCAUCAAGGAGAUCAACUAUGCCUCUGAGUGGAGCGAGAAGCUCAACAAGGUUGUUCCCAUCCAGGUAAACUACAUGUCCACGGGCCCCAACCACGUGGCUGCCGUUCUGGACAACUCCAACGACGUUGCCACUACCCAGGACCUGUACCUGUGGGGCGGCAACGAGUUCUCGCAGAUUGGAAACGGCAAGCGAAACAACAUCCCCAAACCCUCGCAUUUGAUCACCAAGCACACCACCGAGUCCGAUCCCUACACCCAGCUCAUGACCAAGACCAAGAUCAACGGUUGCGAGGUCCAGCAGCAGAUUGUCGCUGGCGACGGAACCACUUGUGUCUUCUACAAGCGAAUGUAA